AUACACAAAACACACUUCGGUUCGUUUUAAAAAAGAUGAAGAAAAUAAAAUAAUUGAAUUUUAUUAUUUCGUUGUUAAAUUAAAAAAAAAACAUUAUUAUUAUAAUAGUCUUAUUUAUAUUUAGUUAAAUCAUAUAUAAUUUAUCGAAAUGGGUAAAAAAAGUAAAAUUGGAAAGCAGCGUAAAGAUAAGUUUUACCAUUUGGCCAAGGAAACUGGAUUCAGAUCUCGAGCCGCUUUUAAGUUACUCCAGUUGAACAGGAAAUUUGAGUUCCUCCAGAAAGCCCGCGUUCUUGUCGACCUGUGUGCGGCACCGGGAGGAUGGAUGCAAGUGGCCAAACAAAACAUGCCGGUGUCCAGCAUCGUGAUCGGUAUCGAUUUGUACCCCAUAAAACCAGUUCCCGGAUGUCUGUGUUUGACACACGACAUUACCACACAGGAAUGUCAGUCGGCACUUGCCAAGGAAUUGCAAUCGUACAAAGCCGAUGUUUUUCUCAACGACGGAGCUCCUAAUGUCGGACAAAAUUGGCUUUACGACGCGUAUACACAAUCAUGUCUUACGCUGAGUGCGCUGAAGUUGUGUUGUUACAAUCUGAGGGAAGGCGGAUGGUUCAUAACCAAAGUGUUCCGAUCCAAAGAUUACAAUGCCCUAAUGUGGGUGUUUAAGCAACUUUUCAAAAAAGUGCAUGCCACCAAACCACAAGCGUCGCGUAGCGAGUCUGCCGAGAUUUUCGUCGUAUGUCAGCAUUACUUGAAACCUGCAAAAUUGGAUUUGCGCUUUUUCAAUGCAAAUUACGUUUUCAAAGACUUGGAAGUCAAACCUCAGGUAAAAUUGGAUUCAGAGAGCAAAUCCAAUAAAAAACCUAAAGCAGAAGGUUACCCUGACAACACUACUCUGUUGUUUAAACAACUACCGGUUUCGACCUACAUGAGUUGUAAAAAUCCUGCUAUAGCGUUGCAAGACGCUUACGAAAUUGUUUUUGACGAUCCAAACAUAGAAAAUCAUCCCAACACGACAAAAGAAAUAAAAGAAUGUUGCAAAGACAUCAAAGUGUUGGGGCGAAAAGAUAUCCGGGUGCUAAUGAACUGGUGGAAGGUAUUUCAAGAAAAAGAAAAGGAAUCCAACCCUGAAGAAUUGGGGUCCGGUGGUGAAAACAAAGAGAAUGAUAUUGAAUUAUCCGAAGACGAGAAAGAACUUGACGAAGUCGACAAACAAAUCAAAGAGCUACAAGACGAAGAAAAACGAGAGUUGAAACGUAAGAAGAAGAAGACUAACAAAGAGAGGACAAAGCUGCAGACGAGAAUGAAUUUGAAAAUGGUGCACAAGAACGACUUAGGUCCUACUGAACAACGAGAAUCGGGCGUGUUCCAUUUGUCCGAUAUAAAAACGAAAAAAGCGUUGGACUCGGUAGUCGAUCAAGAGCCAGACAUUGUUGAAUCCGAAGAUUCUGACGCCGAAAUUAAACCUAAAAAAACUAAAUAUGAUCCUAGCGCUACAUACCUCGACAAAUCCGGAAUGUUCUAUCGGUCUGAGGAGAGCGAAUCGGAACAAGAAUCGUCCGACGAUGUGGACAGCGACACGGAAGGAUUGGGCUUUAAGGAUAAAAACCUGUCCUCCAAAGCGCUGCCAAAGAAAAAAGUAACGUUUGCCGAUCCUAAUGAAAAUCAUCCUCUUAUUACGGAUUUGGAUUACAGAGAUGUCAAAGACAAACGAUUAUCAAAAGCCGAACUCUGGUUCGAUAAGGAUAUAUUCAAAAAUGUAGAAAACGAAGAAGACGAAGAUUACGAACUGGACAAAAUGGCUGCCGUGUUAAAAUCUAAAGGUGGCAAAAUGUAUAGAGACAAUUUGGACGAUGACGACGAUGAUGUCGUAGAAAAUAAAGCUAAACCCAAGGAGAUUGCUAAAAAACUUGUCAAGAAAACAAACCAAGACGAUGACGAAACUACAGAUUCAGAUUCCGAAUCCGACAUAAGCGAAGAGGAAGAUCCUAGUGCCGCCAUGCCUUUAAACGAAUGGGACGACAAACCUACAAUUACAUUAGCUGGUAAAAAACGAAAGAAGAGACAAGCAAAGAUGUUGGACGAUAAAGGUUUGGCGUUGGGUACGAUGAUUGCCUCUUCGAAAAAAAUGAAACGAGAUAUUAUAGAUGGCGCUUGGAAUAGAUAUGCGUUUAAUGAUGACGAUUUACCCGAUUGGUUUGUGCAAGACGAAGCGAAACACAUGCGUAAAGACACGCCUGUACCUAAGGAAUUGGUUGACGAGUUUGGUAAGAGACACGAAGAGAUCAACAUACGUCCCAUCAAGAAGGUGGGCGAAGCAAAAGCUAGGAAAAAGAAGCGUGCCAUGCGUAAAAUGGAAAAGGCCAAGAAGAAGUUGGAAGGAGUUAUAGAAAAUGUUGACGUAACAGAAGCCGAAAAAGCCAGACAAGUCCGACAAAUAUACAAAAAGUUAAAACAGCCUAAAGCCGAAAUCAAAUAUGUAGUAUCGAAGAAACAUACUGCUGCCAAACGAGCACGUCGUCCACCUGGUGUCAAAGGACCGUACAAGGUGGUCGAUCCGAGGAUGAAGAAAGACAUGCGAGCCAAAAUGCGAAUGGACAAGAAAAAGUCCAAUAAAAAAGGCGCUCGUGCCAAACCUCUCGUUAAGACGCGUCGUGGUAAAAAAUAAUAUGUUCCGAAGAUGUUUUAUUAAUUGUAAUGACAAUUAUUGUUUUUGUAUAUUUCAAAUACAGAAGUUUAAAUGUUUUUA